AUGUUUAUGGCUGUUCGCUUUUCAUUUCAUGUCUGUCUUAUAGCAUUGGUGCAUUUAAAUAAUAAUUCUCAGCCAAAACUAAAGCAAGCAAAAUUUUAUUAUCAUCAUUCCGACAGAUUUGUGAAAAUGCUUUGUGGAAAUGGAAAAGAAAAAUCAAUUUUUACCCUUAGCAUCAUCGCUCGUUUGGGCUUAAAGAAAAUGAAAAUUAGAGCAAUUUGCCGCAGAAUAAUCCAAAAGGCAGGAAAAACUAAAAAUCAAUUCUUUAAAUCCAUAAACGUUAAAACUCUAUAA